AUGCAUCGUAUACACUACAGUCGAGGUGUACUAAGAAAAUACAGUUCAACGAGUCCAGCGGAGCAUUCGCGAAGCAGUACUUCAAAACUGAAUCCGCCUGAGGAGAAGACAAAGCGUAAUUCCAUGCCCCGUUCGUCUCUCUCUGUGAGAGAACCCGUUACACCGAAAAACUCAUCUUUGCAUGCUCCCAUCCCAAGCUCAUCUUUAUCGGUGAGAGAGCCUGCUACACCGAAAAACUCCCUCGUGAGUUUACCGCAAAUUCUCAAGCCUUACAUGAGAUCUAGUUUGCGACAGGCCAUGAAGACGUGA